AUGGAGGUGGCAUCAGAAACAGCGACUACACCAGAUAGGCCUACAGCUACUACUGAUUCUUACGCUGCCGAUCCUGCUUGCUGGGGUAGAAUUGAUGAGAAUGUAAGUGCUUACUGGGCGCGGAAAGGUCCGGUGUCCUGUCAAAAUAAGGAGGCUAAUGUCAAAGCCUCUGAAUGCCACUACAAACAUCAGAAGAGACUGUUUUCCAAAACUCAUUUCAAACGCAAGCAUCUGAAUGGUGAGUCCCUGCCCAGAGAAUGGUUGCUGUACUCACCUUCCACAGGCUGUGUGUUUUGUUUUGCUUGCCGUCUUUUUUGUGAGGGUGACGGUCAAUCCCCUUUUGAGUCUGGUUAUAAUGACUGGAAACAUGCUACCAGACGCUUUGGCGAGAAUGAGAAUAGUGACCGUCAUAGGAAGGCAAUGUUUAAUUACAUCAACAGAGCAGCAGCUGAUGGCUUUAUAGACUCCCAACUUAAAAAGCAGCUUGAGUCGUACUGCAAUUAUUGGAGUGAAGUUUUGCGAAGAGUGGUUGCGGUUGUAAAAUUUCUGUCAGAACGGGGAUUGGCAUUCCGAGGCUCAAGUGAAAUAUUUAGUAGAGCUGACAAUGGGAAUUACAUGGGCAUCCUGGAGCUGAUCAGUGAAUUUGACCCAUUCUUGAAAUCACACAUACAAAUGUAUGGAAAUGCUCGGGUAGGAACCCCCUCAUAUCUCUCGUCGAAAACGUGUGAAGAAUUUAUCAAGAUAAUGGGCGACAGAUUGCUUUCUGAAAUUAUUGCCGAAGUGAAAGUGGCCAAGUACUUUUCGAUUAGCAUUGAUUCAACUCCCGAUAUCACACACAUCAAUCAGCUUACAUUCAUCAUAAGGUAUGCUUUACCCGAGGGCGUCAUUGAAGAGAGAUUCCUAAAAUUCCUCCCUGUAGCAAGCCACACAGGGAAGGCACUGUGUGAUGCCGUACUCACAGUUUUACAUGAAAUGGACAUAAACAUCUGUAACUGCCGCGGACAAUGCUAUGAUAAUGCUGCAAACAUGUCUGGAGUGUACAACGGCCUGCAAGCUCACAUCAAAGACAUUAAUCCACUAGCAGAGUGGGUGCCGUGUGCCGCGCACACGUUCAAUCUUGUUGGAAUUAAUAGUGUAAACUGCUGCACAGAGACUGCAGAUUUUUGA